CGACUGUACGGUGCAGUCGUGGUGUUGAAGCGGUGGCGUAGCGACGGCGUCGACGACAGACACGCGACGGCGACGAUUGACCGUAUACCGCACACACAGUUGUGAUAAUAAUAAUAAUAAUAAUAGUCGUGUUGUUAUUCGUUUUCGCUUAGAAAACUGCGAGUCUGCGAGAUUCGUGUCCGAGCGUAUAUCAUUCGCGUCGUCGUCGUACGAGACAAAAUAAUAAUAAAUUGCGCGCAGUGCAUUAAACGUCGCGGCGACCAGACACCGCCAAAAAUCUCGUAAAAAUAAACGCACCACUGCACCGGCUGUACGCGUUUCGUCCGAGGCUCGAAUCCGGCCCGGUCAAAUGAUGCUGGACAUACUGCACCGGCACGUCGUCAGGGACAUGGACGGAUUUCCCAGAAUCUCAAACUCAGACGGCGACUGCGGCGACGGCCCGGCGAGUUGCGAGGGCUGCGGUUCGAAAAUCGUGGACAGGUUCUUGAUGAGAGUGGGUACGAGCAGCUGGCACGAGCACUGCGUCACUUGUACCGCGUGCGGCGUCCCACUGGCCAAGUCGUGCUACUACCGGCACAACGGAUUGUACUGCAAAAACGAUUACGACAGACUAUUUGGCGUCAAAUGCGGCCGGUGUGGCGAGCCUUUGGGAGCCAGAGAGUUGGUUAUGCGGGCCGGGCCCAAUCACGUCUAUCACGUGGGAUGUUUCGCGUGCGUGGCUUGCAUGCAACCGCUACAAAAAGGCCAGCAGUACGUGGUCAAAGCCGGCGGUGGACAACUGUUCUGCCGCACAGACUUCGAAAAAGAAAUAUUUCUCAUGCAACAGAGCGUUGGAAGUCCACAACCAGAUGACAGUUUAACUUUAGACGAGAACUGUAGGCCUCGAGACGGUCGCCGUGGUCCAAAAAGACCCAGAACCAUAUUGACUUCAGUACAACGACGGCAGUUCAAAGCUUCGUUCGAAGUCAGUCCAAAACCUUGUAGAAAGGUACGAGAAGCGCUGGCUAAAGACACUGGUUUAAGUGUGCGAGUCGUGCAAGUAUGGUUUCAAAAUCAAAGAGCCAAAAUGAAGAAAAUCCAAAGAAGUAAACAGGACGAUAAAAAUACGAACAAUAAUAAUGCGAACAAUACGGAUAAAAAUGAAACUGAACACGCCACCAAUACCACGUCUAGCGUUUGUUCUGGAGAUCAUUACUUGAGCUUGAGCACGCUGAGCAUGCACGACAGCAGCGAUUCGAACUAUCAGAACAGCCAGCCGCUGAACCCCAACAUACCGUACUCGCCCGAAGGUACGUACACCGGCGAACAUUCGGUGGACAGUUUCUGCAGUUCGGACGUGUCGCUGGACGGCAGCACCACGGCGGCGGACGAGAUCGGCUCCGACACCAUGUCGCUGGACCUGUCCGUCCACCACGGGACGCUCAACCAAAACGUUCACCAUCCAAAUCACCACCACCACCACCAUCAUCACCAUCACGUCGGCGGCGCAGCGUCCGUGGUGCCGGGCCAGCAGAUCAACCCCAUCGACAAACUUUAUCUGAUGCAAAACUCGUACUUCAACAGCACCGACCAUUAGACCGCGAGCGCGAGAUGACUUUUUGAAUAUUCUACAUGCCUCGUACAGUAUAAUAGUACGCGAUUAUUAUUUUAAUUAUUAUAUUAUUGUUGUUGUAUAUUAUAUAUUAUAAUAUGUUUAUUACCAACGGUUACCGUGUUGGUAAUCAUUGGACUCGAUCGACGGCUUAGGGUCGUAUACUUGUCGCGUCCGUUAUCGUCUCACUGUCCGAUAUAUUAAUAUUACGUAUUAUUAUUUAUAUAUAUAUAUAUAUUAUAUGUGUAUGUGCUUACCUUACUUCGGCAUAGUUUAGUACCUUCAAGUUCACACUACCCGUUUAACGAUAUAUUCCUAUAAAACGUACUUAUUAUAAUGUUUAAUUAUUAUUAUACUGCACUGCGUGCAGGGCGUAACGGAAAUGCAUUUUAUAAGUUAUUAUUCCUACUGUACGCCUCUUGCACGAUAUUUAUGACGUCUACUGUCUAUAUUUUCCAGGUUGACUUAUACGCAUGUGGUAUAUCUAUACAUUAACUCGAUCGAUUAUUGUACCGACUUUGUAUUGUAUUAUCUCUCAUUUUACGUAGUUCAUUACGAAAGACUAUAUGGAUUUUAAAAGAGCCGCCCUUUAUACCGAUAUAUAUUUAUUGUUUCCGAGUGGAGUUAUUUGUGUAGGUCUAAGAAAUUAUAAGCGUGUUGUAACUUCUCUAUAAUAAUAUGAUUAUUAUUUAAUAUACCUAUAUAUUAUA